AUGGGACCGAAAAAGAAAUCAUCAUCUUCAUCUAGUGCGAUUGGAGCACUACAAAAGGAUUCAAUAGCAUCAACAACAGAGUUGUUGGUCAAUACACCAAGAAAGAGGAUACCUGUUAGUAAAGCACUACCAACUCAUACUCCAAGUAAAAGUAAAAAGAAAUCAUCUACAAAGAAAGAUAGUAGUGAUAAUAGUAGUGAAAGUGAUAGUAGUAGUAGUGAAGAAGAAGAAAAGAAAGAAACAAAGGGAAAGGGAACAAGAGGUAAAAAGAGAAAGGAUAGUGAAGAUGAAGAUGAAGAUAAAGAAGAAAAACUAAAAGAAUCACCAGCCAAAAAGGUUAAAAGACCAACACCUUUAUCAAAUAAAAAGAAACAACCAACAUCAACUAAAUCAACUAAAAGAGUUAAACAACAAGAAUCAACAACAACAACAACAAGUGGUAGUGAAAUGGAAGAAUCUGAAUCAGAGUCUGAAUCAGAAUCAGAAUCAAUGUCUGAAUCAGAGUCGUCGUCGUCGUCAAUGUCUGAUUAUUCAAAUUAUUCAGACUCUGAUUCAGAUUAUGAACCUGGAAAGAAGAAGAAAAAGAAUGUAAAGAAACCAACACCUGCAAAGGGUAAAAAGGCUGCUGCUGCUUCUGGUUCAACAGUUUCAACACCAAAGAAAAAGAAAAAAGAAAAGGAACCGGCUGGACCAUCCAUCUCAAAAUUCACAACACCAGUAACUAAAAAGAAACCUAUUCCUCCUCCUAAAAGUAGUAACAAAAAGAAAUCAAAGAAUGAAAGUUCAUCUUCAACAACAAAAAAGAAGAAAUCAAAGAAUCAAGAUAGUGAUAGUGAUGAUAAUAGUAGUGAUAGAGGAGAAACAUUUACAUUUGGAGAUGGAAUUAAUAUAGAUUCUAUAUUGGAUACAAAAUACAUGACCACUAAACCAAAGAAAUACAUUGAUCCAAUGGAAAACGAACAAAAGCAACAACAAAAGAAAAAACAAAUGGAGAAAAUGGAGAAAUUGAGAGCCGAGGAACAAGAAGCAAUCACAGAGAUUAGAGAAAAGUUUAAACCAGAGGAUAUGGAGGAAAUUGAACGUCAACAACAAGAAGGUCGUGCCAAAUACAAAAUGAAAAAACAACAAGAAGAAUUGGAAAGAAUGAAACAAGAUGAAGAAGAAUUACAAAAGUUAAAGGAAACUGAAACACAUUUAAAUGAUAUUAAUGAUAAUAAUAAUGAUGAUAAUCAAGAAGAAGAGAAACAAGUAGAUAAUAAUAAUAAUAAUAAUAAUGUAAAUAAUAAUAAUAAUAAUAGUAAAAAGAAAGAUAGUAAUAAUAAUAAUGGAAAUAAUAAGAUUGAUUUGAAUUCAGUUUCAUUUGAUCAACAACAACAAGAUCUUAAACCAACUAUUGAAAAAGAUGAUGAAGAAAAUAUUGAUGAAGAAUUACAAAAUUAUAAUGCGUAUAUUAAACGUAGACCAAGUACAGGGUCUCAAUCAUCUCAACAUUCUUCUGCUUCUUCUAUUUCUUCAUCUCCUCAACAACCAAAAAUCCCAAUUGUCAAUGUUGCAACACAAUCUCAAUCUCAAUUACAAGUUUCUUUGGAUGGUAGUAGUAGUAUGGUUCCAGAUAGUUUUAUCGAUGAAAAACAAGAAGCUGAAAAGAAAAAACAACUACAAGAAAAAGAAGAAAAAGAAAAACAAGAAGAAGUUGAAAAGAAAAAGAAACUACAACAACAAAAAGAGGAAGAAGAAGCUGAAAAGAAGAAAAAAGAACAAGAGACAGAAGAAGAAGAGACAUCCGCAGAAGAACCUUCAAAGAGUUUGGAAUUAGAGGAGGAUUUAUCAAUUCCACCAUUCCAAAAACCAAUUACUACACAAGAAGAACAACAAAAACAAUUGGCAGAUAUUGGUACUUUAUUUGAUGGAUCCUAUGAUAAUGAUACAUUCUUUGAGAAUAGUCAAUCAUCAAUAUAA